AUGUGCCGCCAAUACUACACCCUCUACGAAUGGUGCCACUGCGAAGAAGAAGCCGGUCACAGCGUCUGCGGUGGGCAACGCCGCAACAGCUGUCCCGGCGUAAGCGUCGAAACGGUCCACAUGCACUGCUUCUGCAACUCGCACGCCUCGCGCGGCUUCAAGACGGAGAAGAAGAGCCGUAAGCAGGAAGAUAAGUGGCGGCGUCGGUCGCAGAAUUCGCAGACCUCUUCCGCGUCUGAUUCUGGCUCUUGGGAUGAGAAGGCUUCGAUUGGGAGGAGGUGGUUUCAGUGGUAUCAGUGGCGGGGUUUGCGGUCGCGCUAG